AUGCAAAGUGUUGAAGAAAAAGGUUUUCAAAUCGAUAAAACAAUCGGAGGAUCUGGUGAUUUUUCCGAAAGUAGUAGAGACGGUCGUACAUAUUUAGCAACAAGAAAAUUACCACAAGGUUUAUUGGCUUACAUGGCGGUUACAAACAAUGAUGGCGAAGAACUUUGGAAACCUCAACCGAGCUGUUCGAAAGCUCUUUCUACCUCAACCGUUAAGUACGAAAUGGAUAGUACACCGGGUAAUGUCAGUCAAUUCGUUAAAAAAUUUUGUCAAAUUUUAGAGACUCCAAUGACCUGUAUGAGAAAAUCUCCGGAGGAACGUGAAAAAGUUUUAGAAUGGAUGGAUAAAAUCAUAUCAGAUUGUAACAAAUGGAUUCAGGGCGAAGAUCCUCACAACAUGGAUUUGGAAGCAUUGUUUGAAAUGUUAUAUGAAGAUUAUAAAAACGAUCCGGAAAAAGUGGAAGUUUUGAAUCAUCCUAAAAAAUUAAGAACGAUAUUAAUGAAAGAUAUAAGAGAUUUAGUAUCAGAUAGAAGAAAUGAGGUUAUUAUCCAUUUUUUUUUCGAUGCUAAAAAUUUUCCUUUUUUAAGUUUAGUUUUGGAUCAAUAUGAAAAUGAUCAAUAUGUCGAAGAAAGAAUACCUGGUCAAAAAUUAGAUGAAGUUUGGCUUGAAUGUGCUAAAAAACCCAUGAGUGCAUCGACAAAAGCUGCUUUGGAAAUGGUUUAUCCACCUGAAGUUAUUGACAGAAUUUACAUAAUUGAAAAAGGUGAAAAAGAAGCUGAGAAAAAAAUUAACGAACUUAGAAGUGGAAGCGUCGACGAUAUAAAAAAAGAAUUAAUAACGUUAAAGAAAGUUCAACAAGAAUAUAAAGAUUAUUAUGCGGCAUAUAAAGAAGUAGAAGAAAGAGAACAAGAAUUUGCUAAAGAAUGGAAAGAAAAAUGUUUAAAAUCAGAAAAACUCGAUUGUAAAGAAAAAUCUGAAAAAUCAGAUAAAUAUAAAGAAGAAAUGCAAUGCGAAAUUGAAACGGCUAAGAAAAAUUUCGACGUAAAAAGAAAAUUGCAAAACGAAUUGACUCAAAAAUUAGAAGAAGCAAGAGAAGCCCUAAUAAAAAUCGAAGAUAAAAUUAAAAAGGAUACGGAAAGAAUGUUUUGCGAAAAAGAAGAAAUAAAUUUGAGAAAAGAAGAAAUUAAAAAACAAAUUUGUAGUUUAAAAAAAAAACAACACGAUUUAAAAUGCAAAAUAAUUAUGCAACAACAAAUGAAAGGCAAAUAA